UGUUGGUGUUUCCAGUCGGACGCGUUUAAGUGUCGUACAGCUGCGGUCUGCUGCAUGUGCAGAGAGAAACUUCAGCUGUAGGUUUGUGUUCAUUUCACUGUCAGGAUGGAAACAGCAGUAGAUGUUGAGAAAGGAACCGCUGCUAUUAAACAACAAUUCCUUACCAGUAAAGAGAAGUUCCACGAGUUUCUGGAAUCAGGCCGGUCGGGUCAGAAGGUGGAUGGACCAGACAAAGAUCCAGAAGAACCAUCAGAAGAACCAGCACAGAAGAGAAUGAAGCUGGACAAUGAUGGAGACAGAAAAGAAAAGAAGAGAAUGAGAGGACAAAAUAAAUCCAGACCACACGUGAAACCUCAGAGUUAUGAGGAAAAAAGAUUGUGUGCAUCAAUCAUUCAGGAGCGAGAAACAAAAUGUUUCUACGGUGCAAAGUGUCGCUUCAUUCAUGAUGUAUCAGAGUACAUGUCUACUAAAGCUGAGGACCUGGGUGAGCAGUGUUACCUGUAUAAUAACUUUGGCAAAUGUCAGUAUGGGCUCACCUGCAGGUUUGCUAAAGCUCACACAAGCCCUGAUCUGAAGAAUCUAGUGAAUGAAGAUCUGUACAAACAAGCCUGUCAAAAAGAGACGGUCCGAAACAAUCUGGACAAAGAGUUACAGAAACGCCUCCGAAAGAAACAGGUGCCUUUCACGGGUGCAGAUGCUUAUCUGAAGACCAUCAGCCGAGGGAAGAAACCAGAGGAGAAGAGCACAGAUAAGACGGAGGAGUGUCCUGCUGUCAAAGAGGAAAAUCACAGCGGCUCAGGAGAAACCACUGCUGAUAAUCAACAAACACAGGACCCUCCUAUAAAGACCAUUGGGCCAAUAACUGAUGCUGACAUCAUCAAAGUGCGACCAUGUGAGAAGAAGCAGGUGGAUUUCAGAGACAAACUCUAUCUGGCUCCUCUCACGACGUGUGGGAAUCUGCCGUUUCGCCGCAUCUGCAAGCGCUUCGGAGCGGACAUCACGUGUGGAGAAAUGGCCAUGUGCACGAAUCUUCUUCAGGGUCAGGCGUCUGAAUGGGCGCUGCUAAAGAGACACCAGAGUGAAGAUGUGUUCGGUGUUCAGCUGGAAGGUUGUUUUCCAGACACCAUGACCAAAUGUGCUGAGCUGCUCAAUCAAAAUAUCGAUGUAGAUUUUGUGGAUAUAAACUCGGGCUGUCCCAUUGAUCUCGUGUACAAGAAGGGUGGAGGGUGUGGUCUGAUGACUCGAACCAGCAAAUUUGAACAAAUCGUGAGGGGAAUGAAUUCAGUGCUGGACGUUCCUUUAACAGUUAAAAUCCGCACAGGAGUUCAUCAGAACUCUAACAUCGCACAUAAGCUGAUCCCAGAACUGAAGAAAUGGGGCGUGUCCUUGAUUACGCUUCACGGUCGAUCUCGUGAGCAGCGCUACACAAAGCUGGCUGACUGGGAAUACAUCAACACCUGCUCAAACAUCGCCGCUCCUGUCCCACUCUUUGGAAAUGGAGAUAUUUUGUCUUACGAAGAUGCCAUGAAGGCCAGAGAGACGGGUGUUUCUGGACUCAUGGUUGCCAGGGGAGCUCUGUUCAAGCCGUGGCUCUUCACCGAGAUUAAAGAGAACCGACACUGGGAUAUUUCCUCCAGCGAGCGCUUGGAUAUCCUCCGUGAUUUCACAAACUACGGCCUCGAGCACUGGGGCUCCGAUACUCAGGGUGUAGAAAAAACACGAAACUUCAUGCUGGAGUGGCUUUCGUUCCUGUGCAGGUAUAUUCCUGUGGGUUUGUUAGAGAAGCUCCCACAGAAGAUUAAUGAACGUCCUCCCUUCUUCAUGGGCAGAGAUUAUAUGGAGACGCUGAUGGCCAGUCAACACGUGGGUGACUGGAUCAAAAUCAGUGAGACGCUGUUGGGUCCGGUACCCAAAAACUUCAGCUUCUUACCCAAACACAAAGCAAAUGCUUAUAAAUAAAGCUGACCCAGUUUUUUUAAUAAUCGAUAUCUAAUUUGUUUUGAAAGUAAAACUCGGACAUUAGGAGUGGAUUUAUUUUAAGGAAUAUAUUAAAGAUGUUAAAGACUAAAGAUUGUGUGUGAUAUGAAUCAAACAGAAACCUCACCUGAUGUAAAUCAACCUGAAGAUCUUCACUCAUGAUGAUAAAGUCAAGAGAUGCUCAAACACACAUCACAUUAUAGAUCUGCACACACAUUAAACUCAACACAUUUAUAUAAAUGUUUAUAAAGGGCUUACUGAUGAUCACUCAUGUGUGUGUGUGUGUGUAUAUAUAUAGUGCUCUUUAUUAACAAAUAUAGACAUUAUUAACAUGACAUCCAGUGAUACAAACCAUGAUUUAGUAGAUAAAAGUGUCUACUAAACAUAACAUUUACAAACCCUCAGCUGCACUGAAUGGGAGGAGCUAUCAUUGAAGGGGCGGGGUUAAUAUCAGCAUGAUCCUUUUGACAACCCACAUUGAAAUCUUAAUAAUAUCAGUUCUUAUAUCUGUCAGACAGACUGUUAUUUGUGUGUAAGAGAUGUUUAACACAAACACACACAGAAACAGUGUACACAUGAGCUUAUGUGUGUGUUCAUAUUAAAGAUCUGAUGUGAUGCUUACAGACUUUAGUGUAGCAGAAUCCUGAUGGACCUAACAGCAGACAAAAUAAAUGUGAUGUGAGGACAUAAAUGUGUCACAUGUUAAAUACAUCAUACUGUAACUGAAGUCUUUGAUGUAUUAUUGUAGUGUACAGACAGAUUCUUACUGUACAUGAAUGAUGACCUCCUGAC